UUUGAAAACCCUGUGAGAGGGUAUAGGGGAAUGCGACCAACUAGGGUUUUUCCCCCUCGUGUUCGGAAGCCAAGAGAAAAGAAAACCGUACCUUUCUUGGCUUUCCACGACGUUUUAGCGUUUCAACGGCUAGAAGAAUCUCAAUUUUAAAUUUGAAAAAUCUCACCGGGGAGACGCGAUACCAUGGUUUGGCAAGAAAAUUUGAUGAGAGAGAAGAAUCGUCAUUUCCUUGACGGUCUCUUUCGGGUCCGGCAGCUGCCAUUGUAACAUUCUUCAAUCCUUUCGGUCAUGUGAUCAGAGGUGCAGGGUAAAUUUUUUGGUUCGUUGAAGCAAUGCGCGAACUUGUUGAACUUUUGCAAUCGCCAUCCAGACACACGAGAUAAUUUGAAGCUUCUUCGUCUAAGGUUCAACCACAUCUAAGGGUGAUAUUGAGACUCUUACAUUGGUCUAAGUAUUUCUAGAAGACAUGAAGUGGAAAUAGUUGGUAUUUUGAUGUUACAGUUUCCACAGCAUUUUUUGCAAAUUUGCCUUAUCAAUUCAAAAUGUGGCAAAUUUGAUAGGAUUUUUUCCUGAGUUACUUCUCCAAUUUCCAAACAGAAGAAAAGAAAAUUUGCAAAUAUGGAUUCUUCUGAAGAUCCAAAGAAUGAUAUGAAUAUCUGUAAAGAAAAUUCGCAAUCUUCCGUAACCAUUUUAUUACAUGGAUUUUCUGCUUCUUCACACUUAAUUUUGUUGUUAGUUUUAUCCAUCAUUUGGGCUUGCAAGAGACGCACAAUGCCUACCUUUGACAGUUCAAAACGAAUGUUGAAGAAUUCACGUCUUUUUUACUAUUGGCCAACCCUUAUAUCUUGCAUGGGUUUGUGUUUCUCUGAUCUUCUCCUAUGCGUGUUUAACUACCUCUCUGGUUAUAGAUAUGGUUGGUCUGAUCUAAAGUUUGUUGCUGAAUUGGAUUUUACAUUCAGAACACUCACUUGGUUUAUAAUCUCUGCUUACUUAUUUAUCCAGUUUUCUCAUUCAAGUGAGCACAGAUUCCCUAUUCUACUAAGGAUUUGGUGGGCCUUCUACUUCCUAAUGUCUUGUUCCUAUCUCGCUAUACAUCUUGGUUUGUAUUGGAAACAUUUGUCCUUGUUAUUCCUACAAUGGGUCUCUGAUGGUAUAUCUGUUACUUUUGGUUUAUUCCUUUGUUAUGUUGGGUUAUUUGAAAAAGGACGGGAAGAUGAAGAUUUUAAUAUUUUGGAGCCUCUUAUGAAAAUUAGUUCAAGUCGAAACAAUGGUAACAAUAGACAAAGUUCAAGUGUCGAUGGAGAGACAGUAACUCCUUAUGCAAAUGCCAAUCUUCUUAGCAUUUUUACUUUCUCUUGGAUGGGAUCUUUGCUUGCACUUGGGUAUAGAAAAACAUUAAACCUCGAAGAUGUUCCUCAGCUUGCCAUUUGUGAUAGUGCUAAGGUGGUCUUUGCUCGUUUUAGAAAUAAAUUUGAAUCUAAUGGUGAUAACCUUGGCAGUAGUGGUCAGGUAAACACACUCAAGUUGGUAAAGGCAUUGAUUCUCUCAUCAUGGAAAGAAAUUAUAUGGACGGCUCUAUUCUCCAUUGUAUCCACAUUGGCUUCUAAUGUUGGACCAUUCUUUAUUGAUCCUUUUGUUCAAUAUCUCAGUAGUCCUCACCAACAAAUAUAUAAAGGUUAUAUGUUGGUGUUUAUUUUCUUUCUUUCAAUGCUCAUAAAGUGCCUCUCAAAUAGACAUUUGUUCUUUCAAUUACGAAUGAUGGGAAUUAGGGUUCGUGCUUCUUUGUUUGCAUUAAUAUAUAAGAAGAGUCUCAGACUUUCAAGUCAAAUAAAGCAGGUCCACACUAGUGGGGAGAACGUUAAUUUAAUGAGUGUUGAUGUAGAGAGGAUUGCCUUUUUCAGUUGGUACUUGCAUGAUAUAUGGAGGGUGCCUACUCAGGUUGCUUUAGCAUUAUUGAACUUGUACAGGAGCCUUGGGCUUGCUUCACUUGUAGCUUUUGUCGUCACAAUGAUUUUAAUGCUAGCAAAUAUUCCAUUAGGAAAACUGCAAGAAAAAUUUCAAGGGGAAUUGAUGGAUUCAAAGGAUCGAAGGAUGAAGGUGACAUCUGAGGCUCUAAGGAAUAUGAGGAUUCUCAAGCUCCAAGGUUGGGAGAUGAAGUUCUUAGCUAAGAUAAUUGGGCUUAGGAACUUUGAAACAAGAUGGUUAAAAAAGUUACUAUAUACAUCAGCUAUGAGUACAUUUGUUUAUAUGUCUGCUCCCAUGUUUGUAUCUAUGGUUACUUUUGGAUUUUGUGUGCUUAUGAGAGUUCCACUAGAUUCGGGGAAGAUUUUAACUGCAAUUGCAACAUUUGAGAUGUUGCAAGGGCCCAUUUAUAAUCUUCCAGACUUAAUCUCUGCAGUAAUUCAAACUAAAGUUUCCCUCGACAGGAUAUCUUCAUUCCUUUGUCUUAGUGAUCUUGAUUUGAAUAUUGUACAGAAGCUUCCAAAAGAUGGUGCCAAGGUUGCAGUUGAGAUAGUCAAGGGGAAUUUCUCAUGGGACUUUCAUUCUCCAAACCUCACUUUAAAAGAUCUUAAUAUCCGAGUAUAUCAUGGUAUGAGUGUGGCUGUUUGUGGUUCUACUGGUUCAGGCAAGUCAAGCUUACUUUCAUGCAUAUUAGGGGAAGUGCAUAAAGUAUCUGGAGCCAUUAGGUUGAAUGGGACAAAGGCCUAUGUUGCACAAUCACCUUGGAUACAGAGUGGGAAGAUAGUGGACAAUAUAUUAUUUGGUAAAGAGAUGGAUAAGGAAAGGUAUGAGAUGAUCCUUGAAGCAUGUUCGCUAAAGAAAGACUUAGAAUUGUGUGCCUUUGGGGACCAGACUAUCAUUGGGGACAGGGGGAUUAAUUUGAGUGGUGGACAAAAGCAAAGAAUCCAGAUUGCACGUGCUUUGUACCAUAAUGCUGAUAUUUAUCUUCUUGAUGAUCCUUUUAGUGCUGUGGAUGCUCACACAGGAACACAUCUAUUUAAGGAGUGUUUGCUAAGAAUUUUGGGUUCGAAAACAGUAAUUUAUGUUACUCACCAAGUAGAUUUUUUACCAUCUGCUGAUCUUAUCCUGGUUAUGAGAGAUGGAAGGAUUACUCAAGCAGGGAAGUACGAAGAAAUUCUUAGCUCAGGAACUGACUUUAUGGAGUUAGUGGGUGCACAUAAGAAAGCUUUAGCAGACUUUAAUUCUAUCAAAGGUGGGGCUGCUUUGAAUAAUUUAACCAAUGGUGAGGAAGAUUAUAAUAUGUUAUGUAGCGAGAACUCUAUUCAAGAUGAUGAAGAACAGGAAUCUAAAAACUACAAAAUAGAAAAACUAGUUGAGUCAGAAGGGCAACUUGUCCAAGAAGAAAUGAGAGAAAAGGGUGUAGUUAGUCUUUCAAUUUACUGGAAGUAUGUUACUGCUGUAUAUAAAGGGGCUCUUGUACCAUUGAUUUUGUUGGCACAAAUUCUUUUUCAACUUCUCUUAAUAGGCAGUAGUUAUUGGAUGGUGUUGGCCACUCCUGUUUCAAAAGAUGUGAGACCUCAUUUUAAGGGAUCUACUCUCAUCUUUGUUUAUGUUGCUUUAACCCUUGGAAGUUCUCUUUGCGUGGUUAUAAGGUCUAUACUUGUUGUUACUACUGGAUACAAGACAGCUACUUUACUUUUCAACAAAAUGCAUAAAUGCAUUUUCCAUGCCCCUUUAUCGUUUUUUGAUUCUACUCCAAUUGGAAGGAUUCUAAAUCGGGCAUCCAUAGAUCAAAGUGAAGUUGAUACAUCUAUUCCACAUCAAUUUGAAGAGCUUCUUAUUUCAAUUAUAGAAUUCUUGGGAACUGCUGCAGUAAUGUCACAAGUUGCAUGGCAAAUGCUAAUAGUUUUUAUUCCGAUGACUGUGACAUGUAUCUGGUAUCAGCAAUAUUAUAUAUCUGCAGCACGAGAACUAUCACGGCUGGUCGGAGUAUGCCAGGCUCCAAUCACACAACAUUUUACCGAGUCUAGUUUAGGAUUAACCACAAUCAGGUGCUUCGAUCAAGAAGAGAGGUUUAUGAACACAAACCUCAAGCUAGUGGAUGGGUUUUCCCGACCCAAAUUUCAUUUCUCUGGUGCAAUUGAAUGGUUAUGCUUCCGUAUGGAUAUGUUGGCAUCUAUCACAUAUGCCAUCUCUUUGGUUUUCUUGAUCUUACUGCCAAAGGGGGUACUCAAUCCUGGUGUUAUGGGUUUAACAGUCGCAUACGGGCUUGGUUUCAGUUUGCAUGGGGUCAUUUGGGAUCUUAGCAGUCUUGAAAAUAAAAUCAUUUCAAUUGAGAGAAUACUACAGUACACCUAUAUCACUAGUGAACUUCCUUUGUUGGUAGAAGAAAAUAGGCCAAGUUGUGAAUGGCCAUUACAAGGGGAAAUUGAUAUUAUCAAUUUACAGGUUCGUUAUGCCCCACACCUUCCUCUAGUCUUGCGAGGUGUCACGUGCACUUUUCCUGGAGGAAUGAAUAUUGGCAUCGUUGGUCGAACAGGAAGUGGUAAAUCAACUCUUGUACAGACUCUCUUCCGCAUGCUUGAACCUACAAGUGGUCAGAUUUGGAUAGAUGGUAUUGACAUCUCCAAGAUUGGUCUUCAUGACUUGCGGUCAAAGUUAAGCAUCAUCCCACAAGACCCAAUAAUGUUUGAAGGGACUCUAAGAAGUAAUCUUGACCCACUUGAAGAGUACACUGAUGAACAAAUCUGGGAGGCUCUAGACAGAUGCCAACUUGGUGAUGAAGUUAGAAAGAAGGAAGGGAAGCUUAAUUUUAGAGUGACUGAGAAUGGAGAGAAUUGGAGCAUGGGUCAAAGGCAGCUAGUCUGUUUAGGACGGGUAUUGCUUAAAAAAAGCAAAGUAUUAGUACUUGAUGAAGCUACUGCAUCAGUGGAUACUGCAACUGAUUAUCUAAUUCAAAAAAUGCUUAGGGAACACUUCUCAAAAUCUAUGGUCAUCACGGUUGCACAUCGAAUAACAUCAAUUCUUGAUGUCGAUAAGGUCCUCCUUCUUGAUAAUGCAGGCCGUGUGUUGGAAUUUGAUUCCCCAACUAAAUUGCUAGAGAUCAAGUCCUCGUCAUUUGCAAAACUUGUUAAGGAGUAUACUGAAAGAUAUACUCCUUAGGUUUUUUUCUAAGGCUAAAUAUGUUGGACUAGGGUGCAUUGCAAUUUCAAGCAUGACAAAAUUUUGUUGGGAGAAGAGGGUGGAAUAGAUAUUGAGGUUAUUUGUAAUUAAUUGAGUUGGCAUUGGCAUUCAAUUGGAGUAUUGGGAGAAGAAAAGAUGGAGGGUAUUUUUUAUCAUCGUGCAUGCCUAUAAACCCUCGAAGAAGUUUUUGUAGUCAAUUGAUAUCUUUGGACUGCCACAAAUAUUUAUCAAGUAAUAUAUAUAGAGCUGAAAUUUUGUGGAAA